AGUUCCAAUUUUCUGGAGGGGAGAGAAGGAACAGCAGAAUUUUGGAAUGAAUUACGGUGCCUGGGGCACCAGCUGUUGUAGAUGGGAGUUUUCAAGGCCCAAUUCGUUUCUCAGAAGAAUCUCCUUAGACCUCUAAAAAAGUGAUAUCAAAACCUGAGCAAAACUGUACAAUCUAAAGUGGACUGCAUUUUGCAAGAAGUUGAGAAGUUUACAGACCUAGAGAAACUCUACCUCUACCUUCAGCUGCCUUCGGGUCCCAACAAUGGAGACAAAAGUGAUCAGAUCUCCAUGUCAUCCAGCCGUGCCCAGCAGAUGCACGCCUUCUCGUGGAUACGGAACACCCUGGAAGAGCACCCUGAGACGUCCCUUCCCAAGCAGGAGGUUUAUGAUGAAUACAAGAGCUAUUGUGACAAUCUUGGCUACCACCCAUUAAGCGCUGCUGACUUUGGAAAGAUCAUGAAAAAUGUCUUUCCAAACAUGAAGGCCCGUCGUCUGGGCACAAGAGGCAAAUCAAAAUAUUGCUACAGUGGACUGAGGAAGAAGGCUUUUGUGCAUAUGCCAACACUGCCCAACCUUGACUUUCAUAAGACUGGAGAUGGGUUGGAUGGAGCAGAGCCAUCUGGGCAGCUGCAGAGUGCUGAUGAGGAAGUCAUCUCUGCGGCCUGCCGGCUUGUUUGUGAAUGGGCCCAGAAAGUGCUGAGCCAGCCUUUUGACACAGUCUUGGAACUGGCUCGUUUCCUUGUAAAAAGUCACUAUAUCGGUACCAAGUCCAUGGCAGCUUUAACAGUAAUGGCAGGGGCACCAGCAGGAAUAAAAGGGAUCCCCCAGCCCUCAGCUUUUAUACCUACUGCUGAAAGUAAUUCCUUUCAACCACAAGUGAAAACUCUGCCAUCUCCUGUUGAUGCCAAGCAGCAGCUGCAGCGUAAGAUCCAGAAGAAGCAGCAGGAACAGAAACUGCAGUCUCCUUUGCCAGGAGAGUCUCCAGCAAAGAAAACUGAAGGUGCCACAACCAACGGUGUGACCAGUAUAUCUAAUGGAAGUCCCGCCAUCCUGUCUCCUCCACCUAUUGGCAUUGUUGUGGCAGCUGUCCCCAGCCCCAUUCCGGUGCCAAGGACCAGGCAGUUGGUGACGUCUCCAAGUCCUAUGGGAUCGUCUGAUAGCAAGGUCCUGCCGCUCAACGUUCAGGUGGUCACUCAGCACAUGCAAUCAGUCAAGCAGCCACCAAAGACUCCCCAGAACGUUCCCGCCAGCCCCGUCGGGGACCGCUCUGCCCGGCAUCGCUACCCGCAGAUCCUACCGAAGCCAGCAAACACCAGUGCUCUCACCAUCCGCUCUCCCACCACGGUGCUCUUCACCAGUAGCCCAAUCAAGACUGUUGUGCCAGCUCCACACGUGAAUUCCUUAAACGUGGUGAAAAUGACAGCAAUAUCUCUCGCCCCGAGCAGCAGCAGCGUGCCCGUCAAACAGACGCCUUCGGUCAGCGGUAGUGCGGGAGCAGCGGAAGAAGGGCGGACUGGUCCUCAGAUCAAAAAUGGGUCUGUGGUUUCACUUCAGUCUCCAGGAUCCAAGCCUAGUACUGUUGUAGCUGCUCCUGCAGUCAAGAUCAAAAUGGAACCGGAAGCAUUGCUGGAUGAGAACUCAGUACAGGGCCAAGAGAGUUCCGAUGUGUCUAAAUCCAUAAAGGCAACCCCUGACCUGCCUCCUGCACAGCUAAUUAAUUUUGAGGUUGCAGCCUUGAAGGUUUCAACUGAUGAUGUCAUGGAGGCAAAACCAGGUAAGGGCUGUGAUCAGGGAGCUGAAGAAGCAGGGACCAAAUAUAAAACACAACCUAAUGAGAUCACACCAGUUUCUUCAGCAGGCAAUAAUCAAAGCACUCUUAAGCUCACAGUUGCCAGUCAAAACUUGUCCAGCACCAGCAUCAGUUCACCUCCUUCUGGUGAGUCUACGAUUAAAGAUAAAACAUGCACUAAAAGUCCAAGAAAGAGACAACCUUCCACAGUUCAGGAUUCCCAGGUACCACCUGUAAAGAAACCACUAGUGGAGCAGUUUUCAGCUGGUAACGCUGUGGAGAGUCAAAAAGCAAACAGUGUUAAGAAGGCUCUGAAGGUUGGAUCACUAGCUAACAGUGACAGUACAGCAACACUUGCUCAAGUCCCCAGCACGGUACCCGUGACAGUACCUGUACCUUCUGCAGCUGCAGCAAACUUAGCAACAGACCUUUCCUUAAACAGCACCAGUUUAAAUACGAGUGAUCCUACUUUAGAACAGCAGCUUGCAUCAGCAUCAUCUCCAGAUAUAAAAGUAAAAUUGGAAGGAAACUUAUUUAUCAUAGAAAAUGAUUCAAAAUCUGAUGGCAGCUUUAACCCAAAUACAUGGCACCAUAUCACCAAAACCUCUGACUUUGCAUCUGUGAAUUGUGAUCAGCAGCAAGAUAUCAGUGUUAUGACUAUGGCUGGGCACUCUGGCUCCAGUGACUUGCAGGAAUCUGCGUGGGAGCCGGUGCACUGCGAAGGGAUACAGCAGGAUGUGUACAGCCAGCAGCUACAGAGCCAGAUCCAGGACUCCUUGAGUCAAAUACAAGCACAGUCUUCAAAUCAGUUACCUCUGCAGUCCGAGCUGAAAGAGUUUGAGCAUACAGUCCCUCAAUCAAAUGAAAACUUCUUUUCAUUUGAUGAUGACCUUACCCAGGACAGCAUUGUGGAGGAGCUGGUGCUCAUGGAGGAGCAAAUGUCCAUGAAUAAUUCCCAUCCUUAUGGUGGUUGUCUAGGAAUGGCAAUUCAGAGUCAGACUGCAGCUCAAGGAGCUCCCGUGUCAUCUCACCCAAGCAACACGCACUUUUACCAUUCGAUCCACAACAACAGCACUCCAAUUCACACUCCCACACCCACCCCCACCCCCACUCCCACCCCCACUCCGACUCCAACACCCACCUCUGAAAUGAUUGCUGGAUCUCAGAACAUGUCGAGAGAGAGCCCUUGUUCGAGGCUGGCUCAGACGACUCCCGUGGACAGUGCUCUGGGGAGCAGCCGGCACACGCCCAUUGGCACACCACACUCAAACUGCAGCAGCAGUGUCCCUCCCAGUCCUGUGGAAUGCCGAAACCCGUUUGCAUUUACUCCCAUCAGCUCCAGCAUGGCUUACCACGAUGCCAGCAUUAUAUCAAGCAGUCCUGUGAAGCCAAUGCAGCGGCCUAUGGCGACCCAUCCCGACAAAACCAAGCUGGAGUGGAUGAACAACGGCUACAGCGGUGUGAGCAAUUCCUCGGUCGCAAACCACGGCAUCCUCACGAGCUACCAGGAGCUGGUGGAAGAUCGCUUCAGGAAACCUCACGCCUUCGCCGUCCCCGGCCAGUCCUACCAGUCCCAGCCGCGCCACCACGACACUCACUUCGGCCGCGUGACUCCGGUGUCGCCUGUGCAGCACCAGGCAGCCCCUGUCAGCAGCACCACUAAGCAGGAGGGCUUUGCUGUGCCUGCUCCCUUGGACAACAAAGGAACCGGUUCCUCUCUCAACAACAGCCUGAGAUGCCGGAGUGUGAGCCCUGCUGUCCAUCGCCAGCGCAAUCUCAGCGGGAGCACUGUUUAUCCCGUGUCAAAUAUACCACGCUCUAAUAUGACACCCUUUGGAAGUCCAGUAACUCCUGAAGUUCACAAUGUAUUUGCUAAUAUCCAUGCAGACACCAGUGCCAAUAACAUAGCACAGAGAAGCCAGUCAGUCCCCUUGACUGUGAUGAUGCAGACGGCCUUCCCGUCUCUUCAGAAACAAACAAACACUAAAAAAAUAACAAAUGUGUUGUUAAACAAACUUGAUUCUGAUAGCGAUGAUGCAGUGAGAGGUUUGGGAAUGAACAACAUGCCCUCAAAUUACACAGCCAGGAUGAAUCUCACUCAGAUUUUGGAGACAUCCGCCGCUUUUCCUAGUGCCAACCCACAAAGUAUGAUCAAUUCCAGCACUUCAGUUUAUGAAUUCCAAACACCAAAUUACCUCACAAAAAACAGCAGCACCGAUCAGAUCAGUUUUUCUUCUGGAGAUAACCAAGCACAAUCAGACAUCGGAGAGCAGCAAUUAGAUUUUAGCAGCACUGUAAAAGACCUUUUAGGGGAGGACAGUCUGCCAACAAACCAGCAGCUGGUGAAUCAGGUGGCAUCAGAUCUCAAUAACGUUGCAUCUGUCUUUCCCAGCGACAUCAGGUUGUCUUCCGAGCUCUCAGGCAGCAUUAACGAUCUGAACACUUUAGACACAAAUCUACUGUUUGAUCCAGGUCGUCAGCAGGGACAAGACGAUGAUGCUACACUGGAGGAAUUAAAAAAUGACCCCUUGUUUCAACAAAUCUGCAAUGAAUCCAUUAACUCAAUGACUGCAUCAGGUUUUGAGUGGAUGGAGAGUAAGGAUCAUCCUGCUGUUGAAAUGUUGGGUUAAUCUUGUUUUAUAAUAUGUAUGUAGCACACUGUAUCUAAAAGACAGACGUAUUGUAUUUGUCUUAAUGGAAGUGCCUCCUGCAGCAGAAACACUUGCUAUGUAUUAUGGCAUUUUAAAAAAAGUUUGCUGUACCUGUUGCUCAUUCUUCAGCAAGGAAAAGGCAGUCUUACCAAUUUUAAACAAAUCUCUGAAGGUGAUGGGCUAUCAAAGAGCCAGUAUUAAAAUUUGAACUUUAUAGUGUUUCCCAUUCAACAUUUCUUGUUUUAGCAAAUAAAGAAGUGGUUAAUGGCCAGCCAGCAAUGACAGCUAUGGUUGAUGCUCUGGGGGGGUUUGAAGUCGAGCUCUUUAGUAGGCUUUCCAUACCUUGUACUGGUUGUUACUUCUUAGUAGAUGAUCCUUACUGACCUUUGUUGUUCAGGUUUGAAAUGCAGGGUGCCUGCAGGUAGGUAGGGGUGGGGAGUGGGUACAAGUGGACCAGGUGACUUGCAGGUGCCUCAUCAUUGUGUAGCUGUCUGGAGCACUGCUCAGUGGUGAACUGUGGGAAAUCUCUGUAGCACUGGUGCCAUUGGCAUCUCUCGUAAAACACAGGGAUGGGAAAAGCUAACGGGGAUGAUCAAGGAAAGAAAGAUGCACUAAAUUUUUUUAUUUAAGAGAAAUAAAUCUAUGUAGUUAUUUUAUCCAUUAAUAUCCAUUACAUACUUGAUAUUUUAGUUCUUACAUCAGUGUUUUUAUACUAGGUAAAAUUCAUGCAAAAAGAUUUUAAGCACUGAGAUUUAAUCUAGGCAUAACACCCUAUUUUAAAGUGAUAGGUACUGUUUAUCAAUGCUAGAGAAGGAACAUAUUUUCCCUCUUUUUUUUUUAAAUAAAGAGCUGCUGGAGCUCAUUAAAAUAUUGUUUUUAAAGAUUGGUUUAUUCACGUUUGCUCUUUCCUCACCUAGUGGAGGGUGUAGGAAGAUGUUAUUUUCUCUGUGUUUCAGUAGGUUGAGCCUUUCUGUCCUUCUUGCUCACUCUCCCUCAAACAAAAGAUUAUUAAAAUAUUAGAAAAUGUGGUUGAUCUAAAAAUAUUUCAUACAGAGCCAUAAUACUGCCAGGCACUUUACAGAUACACAGUAAGACGUGUUUUUUCUUUUGGUAAAACUUCUUUUAAAAGUGCUUACUGUUUUAGAAGCCUGAACUCCAUUUUCAAAAGUGAUUUGACAGGGUUGGUGAAUCUAAUUUUUUUAAGUCCUUAGCUGCCCCUCUGGAAAAUGAGAAUUAGACUUCUGCCUCACUAGUUCACUUGAACCAAAAAAGACCUUUUAUUUUAUCAGCAUGGUGUGGAUCUCUCUGAUGAUCAAAAGAGAGAGGUACUUAACCAGCCAUGGCCCUGAUGCUAGAAAGAGGACUUGCAGAGGCAGGUUUUUACAAAAGAAGUGGUGCACUUAGUAUGCCACAAUACCAUCCCUUAAGCAGAAAACUGAGCAGGAAAAAUUUUCCUCAUUUGCAUUACUUUGAAUGAGUGAUCAUGAAUUUGUGAAGGGGAGGUUCAGUAACCCCACCAUAGAUUUCCUUAAGGGAAUGAUGUUCAUAUUUUUCAUGUGAUUAGUGUUUUCCUACAACUGUCUUGGUGGUCUUCUGUUUCUUCAGUUUUUGUGAAUGACUCGAGAUCCCAGUACUGGUCAGAUUUUUGGGCGGUGCUGAUACAACUUGUGCUGCUGCAUUGGCACUGGAGGUGCUCUUGCUCUUGCCCCAGUUCAUCACCAGUCCGUGGCCUCUUCUGCAGGGACAAACAGUUGUGCCAAGCUAUAGCACCUUAUUGAGGGCCUGAUUUCACUGUGCUCGCAUCAGAAGUUUUGCCACUUCAUCGGAAACAAACUCGGAGAGUUCCGAUCCCUCCUGGAAGUGCGGGGAUGUGUGAUAGUGUGUGUUGCUUUAAGACCAAGUGACUCUUUUAAGUUUUGUUAAAGAAAUGGGGAGGAGACUAAAAGCUGUGUGGUAGCCUUCUGCUUGUUAUCCUGCCAGGUGUCUGUCAGUAAGACCUGAACCAUUUUUCUUGUAGACUGAAGUUGCUGAAGGCAGGGCUGGAGUACUGGACCCGCCCAUGGCCUUUUGCCAGAGCUGUGCUGCACAUCCUCUCUCCCUGGUUGAGAGGAUGGGUCUGAGAGACACUCAGCACCAUUUUGUUUCUGUUUCCUGACCCUGUGUGAAGUGCCAGCACUACUGUGAAUAGGUGAAACCUACUCUGAUGGAGGGGGGAGGGUCCCUUCCAGCUCAGCAGAUUCUCUGAUUCCGUGACCCGAGCCCUGCGCUGUGGGGAGAAGCUGCACAGGUGCUGCUCAGCCCCACCUCGGCUCACUCACACCGAGACUGAGGGGGGCCUGGGGGAAGAAGGGUUUUGCCCAACUACUAGUUUUUUUUACAAAGAUUUCUCAGAAAAGCGAGAGUAGAUUUAAAGCUGAUGCGUUCUAAAUUAUGCAGCCAUCACCAAAGGUUUUUAAAAGUGCGUUUAAAAUGAUUUUUAAAUACAAGCGUUACAUUGGGCCUAACGUGACUUAAUUAGCAGAAAUACUCUAUAAUCAGUGGGUUUAAAGCAAAAGUACGUUUAGUUUAAAAAGUAUUAAAUUCUAUAAGAAUUGUUUCAAGUAAAAUCCAAGGCACAGGCACAGCUUUGUACAUUGGUAUGUAUCAUUCUAGAGAUGUUUGUGUGUUGGUGUUAUAAUUAAUGUUAGGUCCCUGUACUUAGUGCUAGUUAGUUCUUUACAGUACAUUGAGACAGAGCACUACUGCACACCAAAGUAUGCAAUACCCAAAGGAAAAUUCUGUGAUUCUAACAAAUGGAAGCCUGUCUUUGUCAGAUACUCUAAAACUUAAGAAUUUGAGACAGUUCUGACCCCUUGUUUACAUUAUUGGCUUCCUACUAACAUGAGAAAUAAAUUAUUUUGAUAGCAGUUUUUGCUAAAGUAUACAAACUAGUGAAUUUGUACCCUGUGUACAGUAUUGCAGCAAACACUUUAAAUUUGGUUGCUUGGUUAGUCCAGCAAACUUUCUGGGUUCAUAUAUUGCACUAAAAUUCUGUUGAACCUGUGGCAGGCACAUUCCUUAGGAUAAAUGCAACAAAUACGGCCCACAGAUUAAAAAAAAAAAAGGCAAAACAAAAAAAAAACUUUUUAAUGUGUUUCAUUAUUAAAAGGCAAAAUGUCAUUAAAAGUGACAGGUGAAAUUGUCUUAUGUAGCAAUGUGCAUUGAUCUCAAUGAGAUAUUUCUAUUUUUGAUUCUCUUACAUGAGAAUAUUGCAGCAGGAAAAAUUAAGUUUAGUUUGCUUCACCAUGUUAAUACAUGAUCACAAAACGUGCAUGAGUGUUAAUGACUUAAUCUUGUACAGUACUAGAUAUAUUCCUGUAACCACUUUUAUUUUUUUUAUUCUUUUGCUGUAUUGAAGCUGGUUCAGUGUUAACCAGGUGAGCAUAGUUAUUCACAAGUUAUUUACUUUUUUAUGUUAACUAAUUCAGCUUAGUUAUUGUUGAAUAUGUUCCUUUCUUGGAUUAUUUUUUAUUGUUCUGGUGUUGAAAAACAUUUUUGCAUCAUUUUAUCAUGAUAAGAAUUCAUGAAGUAAAUAAUUUGCAAAUAAUUGCAAUAAGCACUGACUUCUGAACUGAAAAGAAGGAAAGCGUUUCUUGUGCAGUGCAUCUGAGGUUCAUAUAAUAGUCUUGUACUAUACUGUGCUUUAUUUACUGCACCGUAAGGAAAGAAAAAUCCCUGUUCCACAUUUUCAUUUAGUGCAGGAAAUCCAGUUUCUCCCCUCUUCCCCGGUGUUUUGUUGUCUGUUGUACUGCUGAAACUACAGUAGUUGAAUAUUGCAGUAGCAUUUCAGUUAUUUUUUUUAUUGAAAGUGCUCAAAAAUUGUUUUUUAAAUGUUUUCAAAAACAAUAAAAACAUUUUAUAUUAAAAUUA